CUGGGAGAUCGCCUCGGAUGAGACGUUUCUCACCCAAAAAAAAAACCCCAAAAAACCUUCCAAUGCUUUAAAAAACGCCAGGUUCACCAGCGUGUUCCCCAGCCUGAACAUGUCCGUGAAGAGACGGUAACAGACGCUGCAGGACUACAAGCGCCUGCAGUCCAAGGUGGAGAAGUACGAGGAGAAGGAGAGGACCGGCCCCGUCCUCGCCAAGCUGCACCAGGCCCGUGAAGAGCUGAGGCCCGUGAAGGAGGAUUUUGAAGGCAAAAACAAGCAGCUCCUGGAGGAAAUGCCCAAGUUUUACAGCAGCCGCAUCGAUUAUUUCAAACCCAGCUUCGAGUCGCUGGUCCGGGCGCAG